AUGCGCUCAAGCAUUGUCACAUACUUCCUCCUACUGAUUGUAAGCAUUGGAGGAGCAACACAGCCUCUGCAGUUGUGCAAAGUUAAAAUAACAAUGGCAGCAGGGUCAUCGAGUUAUGCGACCAGCUCAUCAGGCCUUGCAAGUUGCACCACUCAAAGACAAGAAGAAGCAGCUUUACAGCACCACUUAAUGUUACAACGACCCGACUACAAUCAGAAAGUCAGUCUCAAGUGUCCCCUUUGUCCAGGCGAAUCGACUAGUUCCUUCGUGUGGUACUUCUUACCUCGUAGCACAUCGGCCACAUUCACAAGUAUUAAUGGACGUGUGUCAUUAAUUAAACCCGGUGGAACGCCUCUAAGCCAAGAUCGUUUUUCUGGUAAAGCCAUUCCAUGCCUUAUUAACGGCACUAACGAACUAUUUAUCCCCAGCUUUAAUCAUGAUGUUCAUGUGGGAACCUAUUAUUGUCGCAAUGUGGAAGACAGCCACCAUCUAGCCAAUUCGAUUUGGUACCACCUCGAUGUGAUACUUCCACCUGACACAGAGGGUUUGAGCAAGGAAAUUCAGUCGAUUCCAGUAAGUCUACAGGGUGUGCAUAAGUUGCCUCAUUUAAAGGAUGUGAAUAGUAUCAUGGAGAACGCUGGAGUGGCGUUAAAGGCUGCUAAGGAUUUUCAAGACUUUUCCACUCCUCUUAUGUCCAUCACAUCACGGUUGAUACCCACGGCGAAACCAGCACAAACCUGCGGCACGUUCAAUCUUAAACGCUUCCGCCGAUGCUACAUAACUAUUCCACGUGUUAUUACAUCGGAUGCUCGACACUCCGCGUCGGCGGAAAUGCUACUAACGUACAAAUUGCUGAGAUCCACCUUCUCAUCCUUCUACACAUGGAUGGAUGAGGAGGAUCCAGUCACCCGUAAAAAACAACGCGAAGCCGCGGAAACAAGAGCCUCAGAGCUGGGAUUUGAGUUAUUCUACGAAGGCAAAAAAGAAGUUGUAAGGAAUGCAGAGGAAAGGCGAGAAGAGAUGACGAUGAUUAUCGAAGAAGAUUUCUCAAGCAUGAUGAAGGAAGAAAAUAAACAUUAUUACAUUCCUUGUCACUUGACUUAUCUUAAACACGUGAAUCUCACCAAUGAGCUCCCAAGACCAUUUGGAACAAAGAAUUUGUAUAUGAAUGUCUCCUUUGAGGUAUCCUGCCCUGAAAUUGACUACAUGGAAAUUGUAAAUUUGGUCUUGGCUACAAAAGAUACCCAAUAUAUGAAGAGAGAGGUAUUAGGCUAUGAGGAGAAGAGGUUCAUGAAACUUCAAAAGGUAGCCAUCGAGGGUUCAAUAAACUUUGACAUGCUCUGUGGUACGGAGGGCGAUACCAUUAACUACAAUUGUUCAGACCACAAAAACCUCACCAUCCUCUGGAAACAGCCUAGAGGAGUGACAUACAUGCCACGUACAUUUCUCAACGAGCGUAUCUUCGUGACGUCCGAUUGCAGCCUACGAUUUGAACAGGUGAGACGCACAGAUGAGGGCGUUUAUAGCUGCUACAGACGCGAUCUCCGUCUGACUGAUCAGUGGCAAUCUACGGCCUUCGUCUCUUACCGUCUCAAAAUUGAGGAAUCUUCCAUUAAGUUCCCUGGAGCCGGAGACAUGUGCCUGGGCUUCCUCCUCCUCUCCAUUUGGGCGGCCCUACUUAUCUUCGUCUGGAUGAUACUCUCUAUCUGGAGUUUGGACAUCAACCGCACAGCUAUUGUACAGGCUGGAGAACGCAUGCGUCGCAGAGAUAGAGCCAUCAGAGAGGGUGUCAAGUACAGACAAUCCUGCCACUAUUUCCUCCAUUUUGUCUGUUUUCUAACUUGUGAGAGGGCAGUCGAAUGGGUGAAAAAAUUGAUGACUUUUAAAGUUUCGAAGCAGCAGUCUUCUACUCUGAGCGCUCCACAAGGAUACCAUUGUUAG